AUUGAUAAUAAGACUUCUGUAGCCAUGGCUAGUUCUGAUGGGAAACCAAAAUCUGUAAGUCAUGCCAAAAAAUGGUCAGAAGAGAUAGAAAAUCUGUACAGAUUUCAACAAGCGGGAUAUCGGGAUGAAAUUGAAUAUAAACAAGUGAAACAAGUUUCUGUGGUAAGAUUUAUAGCUCUACAAACCUGA